AAGAGUGGGCAGUCACUCUGGUGCACUCUGGUGGUUCUUGUAACAGCGUCACUGUUUGCUUGAUCUCCAAACAGUCCAACUGUAGCAUUGUGGCUCAUGCAAGAUUCAGCGAAAAAACUAAUCCCAGCGGACUUCUUCAAAUGGAUGAGGCUGAGUUUUCUUCUUCAAAACUUUGUUUUCCUGUGUGAUAUUGAAACAUUUUUACUGGAUUUGCAGAAGUGCCCCAACUCUGUGAAGUAAUAUCGUUUCGACUUUGUGGACAGUUUGGAUUUUUUUGGAAAACAUGUUGUCUACGAGAACCUUCAAAAGCAAAAAUGGAGCCACUACUCCCUUCUGAUAACUGCAUGCGGGUGUGAAAUGUAGGAAAUAACUGCAAAGUGAGAAGAACUUCAUCAGCUAUUAAUGUUGAGCAGAUUCAUGUGUAGGAUGCUUGAAAGAAGCGAAGAAUCUUCAUUUGUGUUAACAUUGAUGUGAAAACAAGUCACCUUCAACUGCUUUUGACUCACAUGUGAAUGAUGUCUGUAAAUCUGAGCACUGCAGCACCCCCUGGGGUGAACACAACAGGGACCUACCAUGUGCCAGUGGGACCCUGGAUCCUCAUCAUACUGGCUGUCAUCAUUCUGAUCAUAGUGGUGGGAAACAUGCUGGUCAUCAUCGCCGUAGCGCGCACUUCACAGCUACAAACCACGACAAACAUCUUCAUUAUGUCCCUGGCGUGUGCAGACCUCAUCAUGGGGGUCCUUGUGGUGCCUCUAGGGACCACUAUUGUGGUGACAGGUGACUGGAAAUUCGGCAAAACUUUCUGUAACCUCUGGACUUCCGUUGACGUCCUCUGUGUGACGGCCAGCAUUGAGACACUCUGUGUCAUAUCCGUGGAUCGGUAUAUAGCCAUUACAAGGCCGCUACGGCACAAGGUUCUGCUCAGUAAGUGGCGUGCCAGAGUAAUAGUUUGUUUAGUGUGGGUUGUGUCCACUUUAAUUUCCUUUGUGCCAAUUAUGCAAGGGUACUGGCAAGCAAUUGAUGACCAAGAAGCCCAGAAGUGCUACAAGGACCCCAAAUGCUGUGACUUUGUGACCAAUUGGGCCUAUGCUAUUGCAUCUUCUAUAGUUUCUUUUUACAUUCCGCUGCUCAUUAUGAUAUUUGUGUAUACAAAAGUCUUUGUCAUAGCGACACGGCAGGUCCAGCUCAUAGAUAAGAAUCGGACGCGCUUUCAAAAUGACUGUCUGGCAACACAGAUCCAAGUUGUUCCCCACAUCAAUAACAUCCUGCCAGCAGCGUGUACAGGCUCCAGCAACAUCAACAACGCAGCGAAGAGGAAAAGCAGCAAACGGAGACCAUCACGGCUGAUACUGGUCAAAGAACACAGGGCUCUGAAGACUUUAGGGAUCAUCAUGGGGACCUUCACUGUGUGCUGGCUGCCGUUCUUCGUGGCCAACAUCAUCAAUGCCUUCUUCAGAGAUGUUCCAGAAGAGAGGCUCUUCAGACUGUUGAACUGGCUGGGUUACAUCAACUCCGGCCUCAAUCCCAUCAUCUACUGCAGGAGUCCGGAAUUCCGUACAGCAUUCAAGAACCUGCUGGGCUGCCCGUGGGUGUCCACACUGUGGCUCAAUGCUUUCUAUAAAGAACUGCGAACUCGCUGCUCCUGUUUUCUGUGGCAGGCUGAGUCAGGCACGGCCAGCUCUUUCCAUAGGUCUUCCACCAGUAAUGCUGAGGGCAAUGAGAGUCUGGCCAGCACUCAGGGAAGCAGCAGGAGCGAAGAGGUUUCACCUGGUCCUCUGCAGUCCAACGGCAGCACUCAGUUCAGUGACUUUUCCGAACCAGAAACCACAUCUUUAACGCUGCAGGAACAGGACGGAUGAAGUGAAAAAUGUCAACCUACUGAAGUGACCGAUUGUUUCCAGUUGUUGCUGUGAUUGCUGCGAAGUCUGGGACCAAGCAGCAGUGACGACAAGCUGAGAAAAGUGCAGCCAUGGGCCCUGAAAAAACACAACCAAAUGAAGUCAAUCCCAAAAGGAUGACUGGACUGACUGCAGAGAAACAGCCAGUUUGGUCUCAACACUGUGACUGUUACUGUGGACAGGAGACGAACAUUAGAUGAACCUCACAGUGUGAUUGACAUACAUACUGUUCACAAAAGAAACUCUAAGGCGAGCUUUAAAUGCAAUCCAGUGAACCACUGAACGCAGUGUAUGUGGCCUGUGGUUUAAAAAAUGUCAGCAUCAAAUAAUUUUAUAAAGUAUAUUACCUGUUAAGUUAUGUAUUUAAGAUACACUGAAUCUGUAGCAGAGUACAAAGUUGAGUAAAUCUGGAAAAGUUGUAUUUACUGUACAACCAUUUUCAUCACAUGAACUUAUCUGUGAAUUAUCAGCUGGAACCAAAAACAGCUACGUACUGAGAUCCUCAAUUCUCUGUCUGUUUAAAGUCUUAAUGUGUCUGUUCUGAGCCUGAGCUCCACGUCCGCACAAUAGUUCUGUUACUUCAAUUCCCAAAUUUAUGUUAACUUAUGCCAUGACUACAAGAAAUUGUACAGUGCACAGUAAAUAUAACUCUGGCCUAUAAGAUGACCAUCAAUGUAUUGUAGAAGGUACAGUAGGACAAAAUCUGCAGGUAAAUGUUGAAAGUCUUUUUUACUUUGGUAAGUAGUCGUGGAAUAAGUUCAAUAAUGCACCCUGAAAUGUCCAAUUAUAGAAACAUAAUGGACUGAUGGAGGAAGCUUCUUCUGUGUAUUAUUCAUUGAUUUGUUGUACUGAGACACCUGGUGGUGUGUUGUUACUUACAGAGCAACCUCUGUUGCAAUGAGAAAUAAAAUAUUUUAAAACCGUG